AGAGAUAUGAAAUGUGGUGGGAGGUGGAAGGAAAAGAGUAAAGAGUAAAGAGAGGUUUUGAGUUUAGAGAGAGAGGGAGAUGGAAAAAGAGAAAAAGAAGUAUCUUCUGAAAACGGAGCCGUCGGAGUGGUCGUGGGAGGAUCAGGCAGCGAACGGAGGCAUAAGCAAGUGGGACGGAGUGAAGAACAAGCAGGCCCAGAAAUACAUGAAGGCCAUGUCCAUCGGCGACCUCUGCUUCUUCUACCACUCCGGCCCCAAGGCACGCCGCAUCGUCGGUGUUGUUUCCGUCGUCCGGGAGUGGUACGGCGAUGCUGUCGACGUCAAGGCUGUCGGAGAGAUGAGGAGGCCCGUCGACUUAACGGAGAUGAAGCAUUUCAAGGAUUUCGCUCUCUUGAGGCAGCCUAGGCUCUCUGUUGUCCCUGUUCCCGACCUCAUUUGGAACCAAAUAUGUCAUUUGGGUGGCGGUUACGACGGUGACGAUACCUCCUCUCCAUCACUCUGCUCCAAUGUAAAUUAACUUCUGCUUUCUACUCUCCAUUCCAUUAAAUCUCUUACUUUUGCUUUUCUAUUCGA